AUGGCCAGGAAACGCAACGGCGGUUCGCACCAAAAGACGGACGGCGCCCACAAUACUCACCCCAAGCCUACGAUGACUACCCAUGUUCAAUAUAAGGCAAAAGAAGGACUUCAACACCAAGACCAAGCAACACAGCAAGAACGCGGCCGUAAUGGUGCACGUGGAUACGGUGGCAGGCGUGGACAUGGCGACCGGCGGAGCAUGUCGCCAAGGCGAGACAUCCAGCGCGAACAACAAUCCAAGCACCGAGACAACAGGCGCUCGCGCACCCCACCCCCGGCCAAAGAGAUCCCCGAUAGGCCAAUCAAGGUCCAAGAACUCCGCGCAAGUGCGACUGCCGACGUCGCUGGACAGGUUUCCCGGAAGCGCAAACAAGAGGCAACUGAAGAUGAUGGACUGCAUGCGAAGAAGAAAGCGCAUAACGGACCUGGAGAGAUGCAACCGACUGUAGUCGCUCACGGACGAGAACAUUUACGCGCAUCAGCAGUGGAGAAAAACAUCGAUGCAGGCAAGAAGGCCCCUAGCCUACUUGACCUCAAGAAGAUGAGCGAGGAAGCCAGGAAGAAGCUCCGUGAUGACAAGUUCAAACAGAAACCUGUUGUUCCUAGCAGAGCUGUUGUAUCGGAGACAGUCUCUCAUGAGCUAAAGAGCCCUAAGACGACACACGGUGUCAAAGACGGUUGCAAGAUCACAGCACCCGAAGCGGAGCCGGAGGCAAAGGCGCUUACUCCACGGACCCCAAGUCAGAACACCAAAGCCAGCUCGCCAAAGCACGUCGAUGCUAGCACCAAGGUCGCGACUACGAUGCCGCCCGAUACAUCCGUCACCAAGGGCGCCGCCGCCUCAACCCCAAAGUCACGGCAACCGAGCGCGGGGAAGGAAAUCCACAAGACACCAGACGCGAAGGCCAGUGAAUGCAAGGCAGGUAGUACAAAGUCAGAUCUUAGUCCUACGUCAAGGCAAAUAAUCACGCCCCCGGCUGAGCGCACUAAGCGGAAGCUCGAGGAGUUAGAGAAGCCUGAGGUAGCUCCACGCAAAAAGGCUAAAGCGAGCCACGAGGCCAUAAAGAGGCGGAACACCAAGAUCAAAAGAUCUUUGGACGAUCACCACUUGUAUGCCGGUCAGGAUCGCUUCCCAGAGGAAGGAGUUACCUUUUUCGACUACGACGUUUACAGCAUACCCCUCCUAUGCUCUCAUACGAUCAAACAUCAGUACCCAUUCGAGGUUACGAAUGAGCCUUCAGACAGGCUGAAACGAUCUUUCACUGAUGACAACGAAGUCCAUGUCUUUGGCCGUAAGAUGCUUGUUCUGCGGCAAGAAGCGCUUCGCCUAUCCAGGAAAAAGUUUUGGACAUCCGAAGACCUUGGCCGCAAAGAUGCCUCGAAAGUCGAGCCCACUAGGGAUAUCGGCGACUGUGAUCUCUAUCUUUACAAUGGGAAGGUUCACGUCGCUACCGAGCGAGGACUUCUUCUAGCAGCAGAGUACUUCAAGCUCAUCGGAGUUCUAGACACGCAGCCAGUGCGUUUCCAUGGGCACAAACCCGCUUGGAUGAGCCAAGUCACGCCCAAGCCGGAACACAGACGUGUCUUGGAAUCAUGGCAUCCUAGUGCAACCUUGAAAGAAGGCGGCUGCAUCUCGAUCACGCACAGCUCUACCGUAGUAGUAUACGAGCACGGCGUUUUCGACAUCGACUCCAACACCGGUGCGGAGUCCCGAAUGGCCUACGGUGCUCGAGAGGAUGAUGGUGUUGUUGGUUGGUUCGACUAUUCGAAAACAUGUCGUAUAGACUGGCUCAAAGACCCAGAAGAGACAAGUACAACCACACGCGACCCUACCAUCAUUGACUGGUCAACAUUUGACUAUAGUCCUCUCGCAGCUCGAGCUGCAGCUCAACAAGCGGCGCAGCGUAAGUUGAUGGCUGCAACGCAGGGAAUGGCAACAGUUUAUGCAUCCACAGCAUCACUCUCGCCGAUUACACGAACAUCGGCAUCUCCCGCGGGAAGAGCAGCGACACCUGGCAGCAAUGGCGAGCAUUACUUGUCUGAACUUGCGCUUGCAGCAGAAAGCUCGUUACAGUCUAUGAUGCAUGCUGAGUCUCCAGGUCCCCACGCAUCGCAAAAAGGAGGAAAGUCGCCACCGCCCACGAUCAAGGGUGGGCGUGUAUCGCGACAUGACAGUCCUAAUUCCCAAUCCGAACAAACCGAGGCAAAGAGUAGCAGCGAAAUAGUUGGAGACGAUGUUGUAUCUCAAGGAACCAUCGAUCCCACGUUACCGAGACAAGUCACAGACCUCAGCUCUGUCGUGACGCAAGAGACGGCGAGAGACCCGUCCUUGAGUCCCCAAAAGUCCUCAAUAGGUCUUGGCGAAUCUGAAGGAUGCCAAGUAUCUUCACAUGAGCCUACAGUACCGGUCACUAAAGCAGUGCGACCGUGCAAGACUCCGUCUAUAGUAUCUCAACGCUACGAUGUUGAGGUAGAUUGGGACGAUACCGACAUCCACGAGGACAAUGAAGCGCAAAAUCAGAGCUCGAACCACAACAAAGAGGACGAAGAGCUUUGA